UGGGAAGAACAUUUCACAAAAAUGGUCCCCAAACUCCGGGGCCUGGAUAACCCGGCAGCACCCACUGCCGUCUGCCCGGACACAGAGCGCCCUGCGGAGGGCUGCGGUGCCAACUGAAACCUGGGGAGCUCGUUCCACCACUGAGGAGCCAGGACAGCAACCAGUCUGGAUUUAGAGUGAUGAGCUCGAAGUGGACGAGUCAACUAGGAGUCAAGCAGGAGUCAACCUUGAAUUCAUGAUGCAGUCCCUGUCCAUGGAAGUGGGCAGCAGCAGCAGCAGCUCCGCCCCCGGCGACACGUCCGGCCCGGCGGUGCAGGUGCGCUUCCCCGGCGCUCAGAGCUCGGUGCUGGACGGCCUGAACCGGCAGAGGGAAGACGGCCGGCUGUGUGACCUCUCCAUCCACGUCCAGGGACGAGUGUUCAAAGCCCACCGCUGCGUCCUGGCCGCCUCCUCGCCCUACUUCCACGACCAGGUGCUGCUGAAGAACAUGUCCACCGUCUCCAUCCCGGCAGCGAUGGACCCGCUGGCGUUCGAGAGCGUGCUGAGCUGCGCCUACACCGGCCAGCUGCGGAUGCUGCGCGAGGACAUCGUCAACUACCUCACGGUGGGCAGCGUCCUGCAGAUGUGGCACAUCGUGGACAAAUGCACCGAGCUGCUGAAGGAGGGCCGGGCUGGGGCGGGAAGAGGGAGCAGCGUGGGAGGAGGAGGCGGGGUGCAGGAUGGAGCGACGGUCGGAGGAGGAGGGUCGGCCAACCUCGGAUGCAGCAGCAGUAACAUUGGCGACGGCGGCGGCGUUGCAGGCGGCGGUAAUGGAGCCGGCAGGGACGGCGGCGGUGGCGGCCGAGCCCAGGUGGACGGGUCCAACGAGCCCCAGAGAGCCUCCCUGCCUCCCAGCCGCCCGCCAGUGAGCGAGAGCCAGUCGCCCAGCAGCACCAACUACUUCAGCCCCAGGGACGGGAGCGGCUUCGGAGGAGGAGGCGGGGCCGCGGCCGGGGCGUCGAGGGACGGAGGCGGGGCCAGCAACACCCCCAGCUACUGCACCCCGUCGGGAGGAGAGGGAGCCUUCCUCAUUGAGGAGGAGGAUGAGGAGGAGGAGGAAGUGGAGGAGGAAGCGUUGUACCACCAAAGGAAGAGAGGAAGAGGAGGAGGAGGAGGCGGCAGUGGGAGGAGGAAGAAAAUGAGCUCAGUGUCGGAGCAGGAGGUCGGGGUCAGCGACAGCUUUGGUGUGUCCUCUUAUCAGGACGGGGAGCACUCUGCGCUGCUGAAGCGUCCGACCUACAGCCAGCCCAGCAUCAUGCCCCGCAAGCAGUGGGUGGUGGUGAAAACCGAACGCAUGGAGGACGACGACGACCUCAUCGUCGUGUCCGGGGAGGAGGACGGAGAAGACGAGGACGACGAAGACGAGCGGGAGAUGGAGCUGGCCAGAGAGAGGCAGAGGAACGACUUCAACAUCUCCAACGUGCGGAGCCUUUCAGCCGAUCUGGGAGGCCGAGCCGAGAGCGACAUGGACUCUCAGGUGGACUACUGCCAGUCGUCAGAAGACUACCUGAAGUUUGAAGGCGGUUUGAUGGACCAGACCUUGGCCCACCUCCACGACGGCGCCGCGGGCCAGAGCUCCGGCCGCGCCGCGUCGGCGCUGCUGGGCCAGGUCCAGUCGGCGGCCGCGGCCCGGGCGCAGCUCUUCCCCCUGGACAUGCAGGGGAACCAGAUCCUCCUCUACGGCCAGGCCGCCGGACUCUCGCUGGACGGGGGCGCUCCUCUCGGCAUGAUGGGAGGAGCCUCCUUCAGAGGCCCCGGGCUGGAGCACGGCGCCGUCCACCUGUCGGCGCCGGGCGGCCCGGGGGUCGACGGCGCCGACGGCGGGGGGGCGGGCGGCGCCGGGGGUCCGGGCAAAGUGUUCAUGUGCCACUGCGGCAAGACCUUCACCCACAAGAGCAUGAGGGACCGGCACGUCAACAUGCACCUGGACCUGCGGCCCUUCCACUGCCCCGUGUGCGCCAAGAAGUUCAAGAUGAAGCACCACCUGACGGAGCACAUGAAGACGCACACGGGCCUCAAGCCCUACGACUGCCUCGGCUGCGGCAAGAAGUUCAUGUGGCGCGACAGCUUCAUGCGCCACCGCUCGCACUGCGAGAGGCGAGGAGGAGGAGGAGGAGGAGGAGGAGAGGAGAUGAUGGCCUCCCCUCACCUCCUCCUCUCUGGGGGUGAUGGCGGUGCUCUGGGAGGAGGAGGAGGAGGAGGAGGAGGAGGAGGAGGGAUGUCUGCUUCCUCGCCACUUCUUCCCGGCAGCAGCAUGGCCGCCGCGGGGCCGCUCCUCGGCGCCGCUCCGGGCUCGGGGAUGUUCGGCGCUCCGGGUCUGAGCCGAAGCGCGUGCGGCGAGGACGCGUGCGAAGUCGGCGCCGACGACCUGAACCCGAGUUCCGUCCAGCGGGCCUGAGCCGGCGGGCCGGUCCUCCGCCCCGCCGCUUUGUUUUUACACAACGUGUCCAACCCGGAACCUCAGAACCGCCUCGGACCCCCAAACAGGAAGUGCGGACCUCGUGUGGCGAGCGCUCGGGGGGGGAAACGCUUCAGGGUCCAGUCGCAGUUCUUUGGGGAAAAGGUGGCUUCAUUUUUAAAAAAAUGUAAUAAAAAAACGGACCUAUCGUCUCCGAGGAAACGACGAGGAGGACUCGGCGCUUCACCCGCCGGCCGCCACGGACACGGUCGGUAUCGGAGGAGAAACAAAAUGGCCGUUCUGCAGUGUUGUGUUGUUGUGCUUCUGCUACACGGUCCGUAAAAAAGAGAAACACAGAAACCUGCAAGAGAACAGCGAGCGUGAAGAAACCCGAGCCGUCCCUCCUCCUCCUCCUCCUCCUCCUCCUGCUGUCACGGCUUUGAGAAGUAUAUUACUCCUGUAAAUAUAUAGAGAUAUAUGUUGUUUUUUACUCACCAGGACCGGGAGCAGACCGUGUCAUGUGACCGGUGACCGUCUGGACCGACAGGCCCGGUCGUCUCACCUACCUGAGGCCGCAGCGCACCUCCUGGAUGUCGUUUCAGAGGUAGUUUUGGGGAUUGUUAAACUUCUAAGUGAUUAAUGGAUAGACAAAUAAUGUAUCAGUGACGGGUUGAGUUAUUUUAACGAGUGAAGGUAAAUCAACGGAUUCAGCCACACACUGCUUCGUGUUUUCAAGUUCUCCAUCGUCGCAUUGUUGAGAAUUUAACACAUCGUGUGUGUGUGUGUGUGUGUGUGUAUAUAUAUAUAAUAUUAUAAGUAUAUAUUUAUAAUAUUAUAAAUUAAUUUAUUAUAUAUGUAUAUAAUAUAUAUCAAAAAGUAUAUUUAUAUGUAUUAGAUAUAUAUAUACAGUAUAUAUAAAAUAAUAUUUUGAUAUGUAUUAUAUAUACAAUAUUAUAUGUAUGUAUUAUAUAUAUAAAUAUGUAUUUAUAUUAGGGCUGUCAGCGUUAACGCGUUAAUCUAUGCGAUUAAUUUGGCCGCGUUAAUGCACUAAAAUAUUUUAACGCAAUUAACGCAACUUUGUUUACUUCCGGUGUUCGUUGACGUUUUUACACUGAAACCGAGUGUCAAACCGCGGCAGUACGGUUUGACACUGUUUCCGUUUUUAAAACAAUUAUUUCUCCGCGAAAAUAAGGAUCAUAAAUGAGUUUACAUUAUUACAUUACAUGUCAUUUAGCAGACGCUUUUAUCCAAAGCGACUUACAAUAAGUGCAUUUCAACCUAGAGUACAAACUAAGAACAACAAGAAUACAGGAAGUAACAUUUCCUCAACAUAGUCGAACUACAAAAGUACCAUAAGUUUAAACUCGUGGAUGAAUCAGUCGUGUUUCCUCCUGCGCCUCCUUCCUCCCGUCUCCCCCUCUGAUACACAGAGGAACGGAGGGGCGACGUGUCGGGGGACGCGGCGCGGAAAGAACUCGACACACGAAACCUUCACCGUGAUUGGUCAAUCCGUUUGUCUGUCAACAUUUUGGGGAAAAAAACAACCAAUGAACACUCAGUAAAUCACAAGAGCAGAGAACACGGCAGGAGGACAAUGAGCCUCAUUGAAUAGAGCUGAGAUUGUUCUGGAAUGUUUGAUGUAUAACACGUGGGUAUGUGUCAUAUGAAAACGCCUUUAAAAGGUGAAUUUUGUUGUUGUUGUAAAAUGUAUAAAAUGAGCCCAGCCUCCAGAGGGUUAACGUGACAUAUUUGAAUGUCAGUCAGUUACCAAGGCCACUGGUUCUGCUGUUGUUCAGUGUUAAAGUUGACAGGACCAAUAGGGUCUCAAUAUACUUCUUUUUUUUUACUAAUCUGAUGUUUCACUGAAGAAACAAUUUAUCAUCCACGAUAUUAAAUACCUCGCUGGCACUUUAGAGGUAGGAGCCUCUCUUUGAAAACACAGCUCUGUGGGAAGUUUGGUCUUUAAAAAGAAUGAACUUUUAAUUGCGAUUAAUCGCGAUUAAUGAAUUGCAAAAUGUGCGAUUAAUUAGUUAAUUUUUUUUAAUCGAUUGACAGCCCUAAUUUAUAUAGAUAUAAUACAUAUAUUUUGUUUAACUAUGUAAGUCAGAAGUGUGGAUGAAAAUGCUGCUAUAAGAGAAAAAUGCAUCAUUAUUUGUGAUAAAAUGGAAAUCCUCUUCAGAAGAUGGUGGUCAUGGAAACACUCUCAAUGUGAAAACAAUGUGUGUUUAUGGAGCUGUGUUAUUACUGCUUCGCUCCUGCAUAUUUAAUCCACAUAAUACUUCUACGGCAUGGGACAGGUUUUUUUUUCUUCAUUUCCUGUAACGUGGAGCUGAGGAGAUCAUCGGCUCGUUUGACCUUCUGUGAAGGUCGAGUCUGGAUAUUUUUAUAUGCUUUUUAUUACGUAUUCAGUGACCUCGGGUGGCUCCUCCUCCUUCGGCCUGUUUGUGGCGACCUGUCUGCUGCCGGCCAGAGAGAAUGUGAGACAGCAGAAUGUGUGAGACACGAAUGUGGCGUGUGUGUUUCAACAUGUAGUUGAAGGGAAUCGUACGCUUCUGUUCCUCUGCAAGCGCGUGGAGGAAGAGCUCCGCCUCCUCCUGAGUAGCUCCAGACGAUGUCAGAGGUCGCUGCUCGCUUCAGGUUAAUUUCAGUUCAUUGGCUUUGUGACGUGGACUGCACUUACACUCCCUCAAAUAAUCAAUAAAACCUCAGCGUGGUUCUGUGAAGUGAACAUCUUCUACACACAAACGGCUUUUCAGAGAAUGGGCUUAAUCGGCAAGGUGUCUCUUAAAAAUGACGACAAAAGAAAAUCCACUAAAUCGUGGUGGGGCCCUGUAUGGUGGUUGUAUAAUAUAUAUUAUAUAUAUAUAUAUUGCAUGUGUCUCCAUCUGCACCAGCAACACACUGCGCUCCAGCCGUAUGUUGCUCAUCACCAGAGCAUCACGUUCCCUCUUCAUUUAUUUUUAGAGUGAAGGAUCCGGACCGAUCGCUCUGUGUUGCUGCUGAAAAGCUGUUUGAGUGUUUUGUACAUUCCACAAACCGUGUUCCCCGACUUGUUGGUCCUGAUGAUGUAAUGACCUCCAGUAAUCAACAUUCACCUCUGCCCUGUAUCAACGUAACUGACUAAUAAAUUAUUUGGUGCGAA